AUGGCGUCGAGCAGAGUGUUGCUCGUCCUUCUCGCGGGUACGUUUCGGAUCCUGAGGUAUCAAAGGUUACUGUACGUCUUUAGCAUGCGUGGUGUGCCAAGUGCUUGCCGCUCCGUCGACUGAGCAGCGGGUGAGAAGGAACAUGAUUAGAGGACGGCCACGUGGCGGAAUGAAGAAGACCCCGCCGGUAAGUGCCACCCCCCGGGGAUGAUCUUUUUAUUCUUUGCUUUCAGAUGUCCUCUGUCUCGCAUCUCAUCAACUUUGCGUCCGUCGUCUCGUCGACGUUCACCCAGACCCUCGACCACUUUGACUCUUCGGUCGGAAAGACGUUCAAGCAGAGAUACUGGCACAACAAUCAGUGGUACAAGGAGGGCGGACCGGCCUUCCUGAUGCUCGGAGGAGAGGGUCCCGAGUCCAGCUACUGGGUCUCUUAUCGUGAGUUUAUAAUAUUCAAAGUCAAUCCAAUCUUUCCUUCCAGCCGGCCUCGAAAUCACGAAUCUCGCGCAGCAGCAAGGCGCGUGGGUCUUCGACAUCGAGCACAGAUUCUACGGAGAGACGCGUCCGACGAGUGACAUGUCCGUCCAGAACCUCAAGUACCUGUCCUCCGCGCAGGCCAUCGAGGACGCCGCCGCGUUCAUCAAGGCCAUGACCGCUCAGUAUCCGCAACUGGCCAACGCGAAAUGGGUCACUUUCGGAGGAUCCUACUCGGGAGCGCUCGCCGCGUGGACCCGUGCCAAACACCCGGAACUCGUGUACGCCGCCGUCGGAUCCAGUGGGCCCGUUCAGGCCGAGGUGGACUUCUUCGGUUCGUCUCCCCAUCUUCUGUAACAUUUCAAUCGAGACCGUUUCAGAGUACCUCGAGGUGGUGAAGAACUCGAUCUCGCGCAAUUCCACCGAAUGCGCGAACAGCGUCACCGCGGGCUUCAACCUGGUCGCUUCCCUCCUUCAGACCGCCGACGGACGCAAGCAGCUCAAGACCGCCUUCCACCUCUGCCAGGACAUUCAAUUGGACGACAAGUCCCUCAAGUACUUCUGGGAGACCGUCUACUCGCCGUACAUGGAGGUCGUCCAGUAUUCCGGCGACGCCGCCGGCUCCUUCGCCACCCAAUUGACCAUUUCGCACGCGAUCUGUCGCUAUCACAUCAACACAAAGACGACGACGAUUCAGAAGAUGAAGCAGGUCAACGACUACUUCAACCUCGUCAGCGAGUACUUCGGGUGCAACGACAUCGACUACAACGGCUUCGUCUCGUUCAUGAAGGACGAGACGUUCGGAGAAGCGCAAUCGGACCGCGCGUGGGUCUGGCAGACGUGCACCGAAUUCGGCUACUACCAGUCGACGGCUUCGGCGAGCGCGGGUCCGUGGUUCGGCGGAGUGGGCAACCUGCCGGCGCAGUACUACAUCGACGAGUGCUCCGCGAUCUACGGAGCCGCCUACAACAGUCUGGAGGUGCAAAUCUCGGUGAACUACACGAAUGAAUACUACGGCGGACGCGACAACCUCAAUACCGCCCGGAUUCUGCUGCCGAACGGAGACAUCGAUCCGUGGCACGCGCUCGGAAAACUGACCAGCAACUCCAGCGACAUCGUGCCGGUGGUUAUCAACGGAACCGCGCACUGCGCCGAUAUGUACGGCGCCUCUUCGCUCGACAGUUCGUACUUGACGGCCGCCCGCCAGAAGAUCGCCGACACUCUCAACGCAUGGCUCAGCAGCUAA